AUGUCACCAACCCAGCAAUCAGCAGGGGCACAGGCGCACAGAGUCAUCUCCGGCUCCUCCAAGUCUCCAUGCCCAGUGCCCGGCGUCGCUAACAGCCAUGCCCCGCUGAACCUCAACGGAACUGUAUCUGGUAGAGGGGUGGCUGAGAAACUCUGUGAUGACAGCGACAGGCCCCCGUAUGUGGAAGUAAAGCAGCUCCAGGGACAGAUGAUACGGUUGCCACUGCCGCAGCCGACUUUUUCACCGCCGCAGAGACCUCUACGGCCGCCGCCAGCAUGUCCGAAGCUACAUCUAUCACAGACGCAGCUACAGCCACAACCAUCAUCGCCUCAGCAGCAGCAGUCGCAGCUACUGCAGCUCCAUCAGCAACCGCUGCAGCAGGAGUCCCAUUCACAGCCUGACAGUCAUUACACCGAGGAGGAAGACGCGGAGGAAGAGGGCGCGGAUGAAGAGGGCGCGGAGGCGGAGGACCACCCGGGGGUUGGCGGAGAGCUGAGGGAGCAGAGGGAUGCCGACCUCCGGCCAGUACGGCAGGAGGCGGAGGCGCAGCAAGACUGCGGCGGACAGGGCAACCAGAGCGAGGUCGAGGUCGAGGUCGAGGGAGUGGCUGUGGGACAGUGGCGGCCUCAGCCGCUCGCUGAUCACGGUGCUCGCGGGGGGACGGAUCCGGCCGCGGCCGCCGUGUUCGGGAUCGGGGGCACACCGGCUGCGGAGCACGGGUCUGUGCUGAGGCAACAGGGGCCCCGAAAGGUCCAAAACAACGGACGGCUGCGCCGCCUUACGACAACAACAUCGCCGCUCGCAUCCGCCCUGACUCUGCAGCAGGGGGACUUUUUUCCCAGUCUACCUCCUCGCGCUGCGGCCGUACGUGCCGCCGCACGCAUCGUGAAACAGAGCACCGGCACGUGCUCGCAGCUCCCAGCCGGAGCGUCAGUCGGUGCGGCGGGGAUGGAAGUAGCAGCAGCACCAGCAGCACCAGCAGCAGCGGAGAAACGGAAAGACCGACCCGGGCAACCCAACGGCUUCUUCGCGCGCGGCUCCCGCGCCUACACCUGCAACAGCUGCUGCCUGGCGAACAAGAAGAAGCUCGGGUUCUACGGACCCCCGGGGACAUCCUCCCUGGAGCAGGCGGGGGGCAGGGAGUGCCAGGAGUGCCGUACGACAGAGAGCUCACAAUGGAGUGCUCACGCUGCCGUACUAGGAGCUUACGUGUGCGUGCGGUGCCAUGGGAGGUGGAAUCGGCAUGCCUGGGGCUUCUUCGCACACGGCACACUGGCGUACACUUGUAACAGAUGUUGCCUGAAGAACAGGUCGAUGUUCGGCUUCUACGGCCCGCCGGGCACACGUUCCUUAGAGGCGGCGGGCGGGCGGGAGUGUGUCGAGUGCGGCGCGCGCCAGACCCCGGAGUGGCGGACCCAUCGCGACCUGCUCGGCCGGAUGGCGGUGGUGGCUAUGCUUCGCAGGGCCAGCGGUGGAAGCGGCGGAGGCGGCGGCUGGCAGACGGCGGCGCUCCCGCAGAACUGGCUGGCCAUGCCGCCGCCGCCGCUGCUGCCGCCGUGCCGUACUGGCUCUCGAGAUGUCGCGGUGAUCGUCCCGACCCGCGGGUCGUUUCCCACUGGAUCCAGCAGCUGCAUGACAAGGUGGUCGCGCUGUGCGAGGUUGUCGAGGGGGACCUGCUGCAUCAGGCCCAGCUUCUGCCGCCCGAAGGACGUGGAGGAGGAGGAGGAGGUAGAGAAGGAGAAGGGCAGUGGCGGCAGCGGGCUCCUGCUCAACUCCCUCCGUUUGGGCGAUCUGAUCUACCGCUGGCUGCAGGCCCAGGUAUGGUGCCGCCCGCUGGCUCUGCUGAUCGGGCCUAUGGCUUCCGUCAUGGAACUGGACGGCGAGGGGCCCUUCAUGACCAUGAGCGAGCAGGAACAGGGGUACACGGAGCUCGCCGACGUGGCCCUGGGGGAGACACCGAAGGCCCCCGUUGCGGACAUGGGUGUACGACGAUUUCGUGAUGUAGUGUCGUACCUUGAAGACCGUCUGGCGGCGCAGCUAGCGCGUGAAUACGACGGGGACGGUGGCUCCUCUUCCUCCUGCUCGCUGCUUGAUGAUAGCCCGGCUCGUUCACUGGUGUUGGCGGUGGUUUCGGAGGGGCUUCGGUUGGCGUUACGACUGGGGAUGGGUGCAGGGGGACCGGGGCAGAUAGUGGUGAGAAUGGGCGGCGAGGGGGAGCCAGAGGCGGCGGUGGAGGGGAUUGUGGAGGCGGCGAUUUCCGCAGCGGCGGCGAUGACGACAGUGGCAGUGGCGGCACCUCGCGGCGGCGGCGGCGGCGGCGACGACGGUCCGUUCAGGCCUGGCGGCUGUCAUGCCAUGAUGCCAACACAAGCUGAGACGACGGCCGUGGUACCGGCGGCGGUGACGGCGCCCCCAGCGGCGGCGACGGCGGCGGCGGCGGCGUCCACGCCGGGAUUCGAACUCUCCCCUGUAGGUGGUGAAGUUCGCUGUAGCCGUUCCGGUGGCGGCAACGACGGCGGCGGCGCUUGCGGCAACAGUCAGGGCGAGGCCACAACACGGCUAUCGGCGCAGCCGGAGGGUGUAGCCGACCCCACUACUGCUGCCGCCGCGGCGGCAGCUGCAGUCCUCGACGCUGCCGCCACCGGUGGCGCUGGAGCUUCUUAUGCCGCUCCUCCGUGGUCACACACGAGUGCUACUGCUGCAACUGCUGCUGCUGUUGCUACUGCUGCUGCUUCCAGCGGAGAGGCGCUUCCGCUACUGCCGACGCCGCCGGCUGUUGCCGCCACCGCCGCGAACCGAUGGGUAGUCACACCCGGAGUGUGCUGGCGUCGGCGCGCGGUGGGGCCCGGCGGCGUCGGCGGCUCCGGCGGCGUCAAGUUGUCGGUGCUAGAGGACACGGUGGUUGCAGUGCAGCUGCGGGCAGCCUGCUGCUCGGUUCGCGCUACAGUGCUGCCGUCGACACCGCCGCCACUGCCGCUGCCGCUACCGCCGCCGCCGCCGCCGCCGCCACUCCCGCAGCAGCUGCUAUCGCAUUGA